GAUUACUACGACAACUUCCUGAGCCAUGAUUGGAAGACCUCCGGAUUGUUGAAAUACUUGUCCCUUCUCAUCCUCUUCAAUGCGAAAGCCGCUGCGAUUGCUUCGGUCCUGAUAUCUGUCUUGGUGGGCACGCUUCGCAUGAUGACUGUCCUCCCCAACCUGGUGUGGACGGAGCUUCCAUGCUUUGCAUUCUUCUACGUCGUGCUGGUGUUCUGGCAGAAUCUGUUGGCAUGGCUUCGUUUGCCGCGCAUGGUCUUUCUGGACAAGCUUUGCAUUCCUCAAGAUGACGAGGAGAAAAAGGCUCAAUGCAUUCGUGGCCUUGCUUGCUAUCUCGAUUGUGCGCGGACCCUGACGGUGUUGUGGUCGGAUCGCUAUUUCAGCAGGCUGUGGUGCGUUUUCGAAAUGGCGUCGUUUCUUCGACACCGGAGCAAGCCGUCCAUCCAGUUUCUUCCUGUGGAGCUGUCUCUGCUCGUCUUUCUGGGCGGGGUCUCUUACUCCGUCAUGCAUUUGAUCCAUGGCCUCCACAAUGAGUUGGUGAAUGUCCAAAACCAGGACGAUGAAGGACCUACUGAGGGGCUGCGGCAGCUCGCCGGACUGUCGGGCCUGCUGAUGACGGUCUUCUACAUCACUGUUGCCUGCUUCAACUAUCUUGGCCUGCAGCUCAUGAACAAGUUUCGUCUCCUCCCGAAGCAACUUCACCGGUUCGAUGCUCGAAAGGCCGAGUGCUUUUGCUGCUCCGUAGGACACGUGGACCCUUGCACUGGGGCUCCGAUCCCUUGCGACCGAAAGCUGAUCAUGACAAAGAUUGAGCGGUGGUAUGAUGUUUCCAGAAACGCAGAUGCAACGGACGUGGGUCCCGACAGCUGUAUAACAGAAUUCAACAACCUGGUGCGCAAGGAGCUUGCUGACACGUUCCUUGCCAUGACGGCUUCUGCCAACCCGGUUUUCUGGAAGUAUAUCUACUUCAUAGUUGGUAUGAACACGCCUAUUGCAGCGCGGGCAUUGGGCAACAUGUCCGCCGAAUUGCUGCCCAGUUCGCUCGAAGGAAAUGCACUCCUGGCCUGGAGAGUUAGAUGGGUAGGCAGACUGUUCCACAACAUGCUGCAGGUCGUGGGGAGCCUGGAGAUUCUCAUGAUAGCAUGGGGUGUUGGUGCGGUUUGGCUUCGGGAUCGAAAUCUUGCCGUGGCCUCUCUGAUGCUCUCCGCACCGAUUACUAUCCUCGCCUUUGCCAUAUUAUUCGUGCCAUUUCGGCUUUUCUGGCUUUUGACGGCCGAUGACAGCUUGCUGAUAUUGGCACCAGUACUGCUGGAGUUGUUCUUCGUCGUGGCUUGCAGCCGUGCCCGUGGACUCCUCAGCACAUCGAUAUCUCAGACGGCUGCGGAAAGUAUGCAUCAGCUCAGCAUCCGCAGUGGCGACAGUGUCCACUCUGAGAACUUGAAGCAGAAGAGCAUUGAUGACGACACAGAGUCCGUCGGCGACUUCUUCAGCAUCUGA